GUCGCUCUUAAGCCACAGUUCGAUUAAAACCACCGGCCCGGCCGGCGAUUACGAUCCGAUUUCGCGAAAUCCGGCGUCAGUUUUUCACGAGAACGUGUGUAUUAUCAUUGUAUUUUAAUUGUUUAUUUAUUUCUGUCGAUUUUUAUUGAUUCGUGUGCAAAAUUAGUUUUAGGUGGGGUGUUGGAAUAGAAAAAAAGAAAAAUAAAAUAAACGUGUUUCCCUUUUUAAGGAAGCUCUUGUGUACGUGAUAAGGUGUUUUUUUUUUUAGAUAAAAGUGUUUCUCUUGUUUUUUCUUUGGUUAUUGUAUAUGUAUUGCAUAUAUAAAUCCAAGGAUAAAUAGUUUUGUUUUGUCUUUUUUUUUAUUAUUGGUGAACUUUGGAUUAUUCCCGGGGAUUUCAGUGCUCUGAGUCUGAGAUGGCGAAUUGUGUGUGUCGCUUAUGAGAAAAGCGACACUUGUAAAUGCUAAAUAAAAAGGUGGUGUUGUCUCAUACUUGAAAAAAAGUGGGAAUAUUUAGUGCAUCGUAUCACGGAGAAAUUAUUAUUAUUAAUAAUAAUAAUAAUAAUAAUAAUAAUAAUAAUAAUAAUUCAAGUGUUUUGGAGGACUGAAACCCUCUGUAUAUAAAAGCAUAUCACAAGACAUCUCACAUAAGUGCUGUGUGACUUAAACACAGCCUUUGGAUUCGAUGAGCUGCAGGAGAGUGGAUCAAAUCAUUUGAAGUACGUGAGAGAGUAACGAGUACAUGUUAUGGGUAGUACGAUGUUCGGACCCACCCGCCAUUGGCUCUUCCUAAUCCUCGGAUAUUUCACUAUAGCAGCGACAACACUCGCCCAAAAUCCCAUUGAAGAGAAAACAACCUUCGAAGCUGCCUUUCAAGGAAGAUGCGGACAUGGUUCACCCUGUGAACAAUUGUGUUACGAACUUCACGAUGGUAUGUACGAGUGUGACUGUAGAGAUGGAUAUAUUCUUCAUAAAAAUGGAUACAGCUGUGCUGAGCUGAAUUCAACAUCGCCAUCGACGAGCGAAUUUGAGGAAUUGACGAGUGACCUCGAAAGUGAUGAGUUAAGCAAUGACAACGAAGAAGAUGAGGAGGAUGUUCUUUAUAUGCGUGGAUCGUCAUUUACGAUACACCUUGACUCAUCAGGAAUGGAAAAUUUUACUGAAAAUUUCACGAGCAACGAGGAAUCAGAUAACGAGAUUCCUCAAGGAACACAACUGCGACCUACAUCACAAGGUCCGAAUUUGGAACAAAAGCUUCCCUCAACGACAGAAAGAGUCUUGAGUACCGAAUCUACUUGUUCUUUGGAAUGUGGACCUGGAGGCAACUGUUACAUAGAGGAACUUCGAAGUGACGACGACGAUGACGACGAGGAAGACGACGAGGGGGAGGAAAACCUUUUCGAAGGAAACGACUUCGCCACGUCGAGACGAAAGCAAGAGUCCUUGAGGCAGAGGUGUCAAUGCCCUCUUGGCAAAGGUGGCGAUCGAUGUCAGCAUGAAACGGAAGUGAGGUCACCACGCUUCACGGGUUCGGGUUGGCUCGCCUUUCCUGCUUUAAGAGCAGCCUACAAGCAUGUUCAACUGGAGCUCGAGUUUCGACCAGAAGCUUGGGACGGUGUUCUGCUACUAGCCGGUGAACGAGAUGAUCUCCAGGGUGACUUUAUGGCCCUGAUACUUCAUCAUGGCUUCAUCGAGUUCAGGUUUGACUGUGGUAGUGGAGUUGGAAUUGUUAGAAGCUCGGAGCCUGUUAAACUCAAUGAAUGGAACACCCUGAGCAUUUAUAGGCAUCGAUGGGAUGCUUGGAUUCAACUCAACCGUGAGAAGAGAGUUCAGGGCAGAUCAAAGGGACUAUUUUCGAGAAUAACAUUCAGAGAACCGCUUUUCGUCGGUGGUCCAGGAAACACAACUGGUCUGGAGAGACUUCCGGUCAGAAAUGGCUUCAGAGGUUGCAUCCGACACCUGGAGGCCAACGAACAUCGUUAUCGUUUCCCACUCGCCCCUCGGGGAGAUGCUGCAAAUGGCUUUGACGUCGAGGAAUGUACGGCGGACAGAUGUAGCAAAGUUCCUUGUUCACAUGGUGGAAAAUGUCUGACAACUGGUAGUGAUACAGCUGUCUGUCUUUGUCCUCUUGGAUAUACUGGCGAUCUUUGCGAAACGAGAGUCGAUUUACAAGUACCUUCCUUCAAUGGAUCCUCGUACUUACGGUAUCCGGGAUUAGCGGAAACUUCACUUUCCUGGUUGGAAUUGGCUGUCACUCUAAAACCAACAGCACGAAAUGGUGUGAUUCUCUAUAAUGGUCAUCACAGUGAUGCCACUGGCGAUUUUAUUGCACUUUACCUAUCAGGAGGUCAUGUGCAAUUUACUUUCGAUCUAGGAACUGGGCCAGCAACUCUGAGGAGCGAGUCACCUGUGAAAAUGGGCGAAUGGGUGGAAGUGAGAGUCUCAAGAACCGGACGUCUUGCGUCUUUGGAAAUUGAGGAGGAACCUGCGCAAGAAAUCCUUGCACCAGGAGCAUUCACCCAAUUGUCGUUGCCCCUGAAUCUCUAUUUAGGCGGUGCUCCAUCUUCAGAAAUUUAUUCCCCAAAAAUGAAAACUAAGUCAAGCUUUGUUGGCUGCAUACAAACUGUUAUUCUAAAUCGUCGAGAAGUUGGAAUUCUCGCUGAAGCUUUGGGUGGUGUGAACGUAGGAAAUUGCGGACAUGCUUGUGAGGCUAGACCUUGUGGUGAUGCUGAAUGUCGUCCAAUGAGAGAAAGAUUCACCUGCAGAUGUCGACCAGGAAUGCCACAUCCAUGCCCAUCGACAAACGAAUAUAUCGCCUCAAUAACUUCACCGACAAAAUCCAAUAUUAUUGUAUCAUCAUCAUCGUCGUCUUCAUCCCAAGGGCACACACAACAGGAUAAAUCCGUACCAAGUUUCACCGGCACCGAAAGUUAUCUACAUUAUAAUGAUGCUGACACUAUGAAAAGGAUUAUCAGCUACAGAGUGGAUAUAAAUAUGAGGUUUAGGACAAGUAGCAGUAAUGGUCUUUUAUUGUGGAGUGGUCGACAAUCGGAUCCUUUAGAAGAUGAGGAUCCAAAUAAUGAUUUUUUGUCACUUGCUCUCGAUCAAGGAUUUCUCACAUUAUCCUACAAUCUUGGAUCAGGUGAAGCUGAAGUUAGAUAUAAUCUCACUAGAUUAGAUGACGAUUUAUGGCAUCGAAUUAGAGCCGUCAGGAAUGAACAAUGGUCGUCUCUUAUUGUCGACAGUGGACCUGGAGUUUCUGUCUCAUCUCCCGGUCAAUUGCGACAAUUGAAUACUGAUUCGGGUCUCUUUAUAGGCGGAGCGCCAGAUAUCGUGAGGACGACGGGCGGAAGAUACACAAAAGGCAUUGUGGGUUGCAUCAGCGAUCUUGUGCUCGAUUCCGAUUUUUCUGUUGCUCUUUCACAGCCGGAAUCCGCGACUAACACCGACUCUUGCAUCCCUUGAGUAAGUCCUUUUGCUCCAGACGAUGAAAAUCUCGGCAAAUGGAGCUAGGAAUAUAUAUAAAUAUAAAAAAAAUCUAGUUGUGGAUCUUCUCGAAAAAAUCGUCAAUGAAAAAGAUAAUUCCAUAGAGAAAGAGAGAGAGAAGAAAAACGAUGUUUCAAGUUUGUACAGAUUCCCUCCUUUAAAAAAAAAAAAAAAACGGUGGCCAUCCCCGUCACCAGUGAAUGACAAAAAGUGUUAUACCAAAGGAUGGACUCGAAUCUAGUCAGCAAAAAAUGGUUUGUUAAUAUAUCAUAUUUAUCCCUUUGAAUUUUUUUGACUUCUCCUCGUAAAAAUUUUCUUUCCCUUCGCUGGAAACGAAUUUCAUUUUAAAUCUAAAAUUUAUUUUGAAAUAAUUAAAUUUUGUUUACAAUUUUAAUGUGAAAAAUUUAUUUUAAAAAAGUUCCUGUAGCAAGAAACAUAUCAUAAAAAAAACUUUUGCACUGCCACUCGAGCAUAUCUCAAUAAUUGAGCAAAAAAAAAAAAAAAAAAAGAAGCUCAGUGGUUCUAUUCUAAAACUUAGCUCUAAGGUCUUUUUAAAUAUUUAAUUCACCAUUGUUUUAUUUUAAUUAUACAAAAGUCGAAAGAUUCUUCUAUAGACGAAUAGAGUGCCUCGUUUUCAAAUUUAAAAUGAAAAAUUUUGAAAAUUAAAAAAAUAUGUUUUAAAAAACGAAAAAUUUGAUUAUAUUUUUGAAAGAAAAUUUUUGCUACAGGAGUAAAAGUCAAAAUGUUAUAAUAUAGAGCUAAAAAAAAGAUCGAGUUGGCCUAAAUCGUUAAACCCUUUCGCGUCAAUUUCCUAUCUUGUCCGACAAGAAUAUUAAUCCGAAAAGUGUAAAUACCCCCCUUCCCACGAUUAAAAAAAAAAGAAACAAAGUUCAAUUGCCAUCCUAACAUAUCGAAAAUUUAAAACAUAAUAUAGUUUUCAAAAAAAAUAAUUUCUACAUCAAAAGCUUCCUGAAAAUAAUUAUUGCAUUCGAAGAAUAAAUUUUUUCAUGAUUCGAGUCGGACCGUGUGAAUGUGUGUAAAGAUUUGCAAGGGACGGACCAAAAAAAACUUAAUUGAUGAAUUAAUUACCACCAAUAACAUCCUUGCAUUAGGCUAUACUUAGUCGAUUAUUUACAAACAAAAAAAACCGCAAUAAUAUAAUCAAAAGGAAUUAAUUUUUAAGGGAAAAACAUACAAAUUUUGAAAUCUGCUUUCUUUUUAGCAACAAAAUAUUAUUCGAGAAAAAGUUGAAGCGGACUUUAAUGAUUUAUUUUUAAAUGAAAUAGAAAUUCAAAAAAUUAUGCAAAAAAUUCGAAUAUUUAGAAAUUGAAACAAACAUUCGAUAAAAUGAAAAUAAAAGGAAUUUAAAUUAUUUUUUUUUAGAAAAUAAAUUCUAAAGUCUGCUUAUUACUUUCUUCGGAAAAAAUUUUGUUGUAUUUUAUUAUUUACUAGUGAGCCCUGGUUUUAAAAAAACUCGGUUUCCAUUGAUCAGUGACGUUUGAAAAAAAAGCCAGAGCAUCAAUUUAAUAAUAAAAAAAAACUGAUCAGAUAAAUCGCAGGUCAAUACGUAUUCACAUCAUAUCUAGAAAUAUAAGAGCGGAAUUAUACAAUAAAAAUUCUAGAUUAUAAUGGCGUGUAAUUUCAAUUGGGUGGCUUUUACUUUUGAAUAGGCAUUUUAAAAAAAUGAAACCUUUUGGUUUUAAAUAAUAAAUAAAAAUAAAAACGAAAACUAAAAAAUCGUUAUUAAAAACUCUUUUAUCACCCAUGACUGAUGAUAAAAAAAAAUUUCAUUUAAUCGUUAUAUAAUAUAUAACGAAAGUUAUUUUAAAGCCAAGGUGUAAAAGCACUAUUUCCAACUACACAUCGUAGAAAGCAAAUAUGGGCUUAGUCAAUUUUUGUACGAGUGUUAUUUUCUGGAAUCUAUAUUAUUAUAUAAAUAUAAAAUAAAAUAUACACACAAAUAUAUAUAUAAAUAAUAUACAUAAAUAUAUUUACACUGAGAGCUCGCGGAUCAGUGAUCACGUAUAUAAUAAUUAUUAGAGAAAGAAAAAGAGAAUGGGAAAUUGGGAUAAAUUAAAAAAAUAUUUCUUUUUUAAUUAAUUGCCGUAGAUAAAACGUGGUGUAAAUUUAGAAAUUGAAAAAUUCAACAUUUGUCUCACGACUGUGUGUGAAAGUCUUUUUUUUUAAUUUGUACGAAUGUGUAUACGUUUGUGUAUAUAUUUAUAAGAUCUUUCAAUGAUGACUUGAAUUUCAAUUCAAUUUUAAUGUUUUAAAAUUUUCUUUUUCUAUUUAGUAAUUUUUCGUUAGUUUUUUGUUCCUUUGAAAUAUUUGGAAUAUUUGUCCUUCAAUUUUUUAUGUUUAAAAUCUUCUAUAUCUUUUGAAAGAAUAAUUCGUUUAUUUCAUAUUUUUAUAUUUCGAAUUAUAGAAUAAUUUUGUCAUUAAUUUAAAUUUUUUUUAUUUUAUUUUGUAUCUCAAGUCUCAUUGAGAAUUGUAGGAAUAUUGUACAGAUUACAUAAUCGAAUUAAAAUAAUAUAAGAUGCAAUGUACUGCAUAAUAAUGUAUGUGUUAAUAACGAAAUGGCGUGAUAUUAGCGAUACACUUAUUCAAUUUUAAUACAUAACUUUUUAUUUCAUAUUUUUUAAAAAUAUUUUUCUCUUUUUUCUAUAUUCUCAAUUUUUUUUUAUUUUUCUUUAUUUAUUUUAAUUUUUUCCCCCUUUUUUAUUUUCGAUUUUAUUUUCGUUUUUAUUUCAAAAAAUAUGAAAUUCGUAUAAUUUUUGAAAAUUCAAACUUCUUUUGUUUUUCAAUAUUUUUUUCUAUGUUCCGCGAAAAAUAGUCAAUGAAUGUGUGAUAUAUGAAAUCACAGCGCAUAGGAGAAAAAAAAUGAGAGAAAGAGAGCGAUAGAUAAAAAAAGAUUCGAUAAAAUAGCGAAGUAUGUCAGCUCAGUUGGGAGCUGAAUAAUAAAUUUGUUGUCUUCUUCGAAGAGGAAAGCGCGUCCUUUACAUCUGUCGUACACGACGACGCUCUGUCAGAUGCAAUAUUUCUAAUGAAUAAAAAGCGCGCGUUUCUCGUGGUGCUAAAUUUUUCCAUUUCUAUACAUAUAAUAUGUUUUGCAAAUCAGAGAGAAAAUUGUAUACGAAUAAAAAUCGCGAAUUUUCACCAUAUAUGUGGCGAAAAGAGAUUCAAAUUAAUAAAAAAAGUCAAAGUCCAAUCUCUGAAAUGCGACUAAUUUACAGGCUCAUUUUUUUUUUAUUUUAUUAUUAUUAAUCUAGUUUUUAAAAUUCUUUUUAGAAUUUAAUUUCUAUAAUUUUUUUCUAAUUACUGAAUUGUCUUAAACUUUUUUUUUUACUUUUUUUUAGUAAAGAAGUAAAAAUACAAGCACCGCGAAACAAAGCUGCACGCAACAAGGCUGAAGUGAAUAUAAAUAAUUUUAUUCACAAAAAAAAUUAAAUUAAAACGUAAAUAUAUCACACACAUACAUACGCUAACAAAAACAGGAAAGAAUGAUAAAAUAUAAUUAUAUAUAUAUUGAAGAAAAUAUCAUGCUUACUUGAACGAUCAUUUUACAUUACAAAUCAAAUUCUUUAAAUCUUUGGUCAAUAGAAAGAAAAAAUUUUUGUGAAAAAAUGAAAGAAAAAAAGAAUUUAUUGAUUUGAAAUGUAUCAAUAUGAUCUUUUAUAUAGAAUAUUAAUGUAAAUGAUAGAUAAUAUUGAUAUAUUUAUACAAGGUGUUUCCCCGUUUCCUAAAAAAAAACAUUUUUUUUUGUUUUUCCUCUCAAGUCAAUUACUCUAAAAAAAUCUAUUUUUAUUUAAAAUGGCUGACAUUUUCUUUAAAAAUCAGUUUUUGGACUUUAAUAAUUUUGAAUUAAAAGAUGUUGAAAUAUGGAAACGCAAUUUUGAUAUCAGGGCCACAAUAAGAAAAAAAAAAACAAAAAUUUGUGGUUCUUGGAAAAUGUUUUCUUAUUUAAAAUAGAGAACGAAAAAUCCAUUCCCUUGGCCCUGAAGCGAGUUGAUUUCGCUUUUUAUAAUAUAUUAUAUUGUCAGAAAACACCCUGUACAGUGAUGCUAGAUCAACUAUUUCUAUUAUGCCCGUCUGCAAAGUCUAUUAGAAGAGUCUAUCCUACCACCCUUUGUCCUUCCAUAAUAAGAAAAAAAAAAUAUUCCAGACAAAAAAAAUCAUUUCAGAUUUUUUUUCCUACAAUUUUUUCCCCUCGACUUUUAAAAUUUCUGGAAUAAUUUUUUUUUCCACAAUGGACUUCUUUACCCAUGUGCACUUCCCGUAUGUGUCUUUAUACCUGGUUAUGAAUGCGCGAAAGAUUUCUGAAUGAAAAAAAAGAGAAUUUACAUAUUUAUUGACAUCGUUUUUUGCAAAACGAAAGAGAAAAUCCAUUUUUAAAUGUAGUUAUAGAAUAAGUGUUGACAAUUUGAAAAAAAACUUGUAUUGAAAAUCAUUCAAUUUUCUCAGUUUUUAAUUUUUACAAUUAAUUGUGAAUGAAUUUUGAAGAAUCUUAAUUAGUAUCAUACUUUUUUUUUGCAAAAAAAAAGAAGAAAAAAAAUUUGUACGUGAAUGAAAUAAAUGUAUGUGUCCAAGGAAACUACGUCUACAUUUAAAAUGAGUGAUUGCCUAAAUUAAAUACACGCACGUGAAUGGCAUCUUCAAUGUAAAUUAAUCAGCGCAACUUUCUCGGCGACGUCGAAAAAGAAUUGACUUUUGUAUUUUCAAAAAAAAAAACUGAUGAAAAUAUUAUUUUCUUUAACUCGAUUUUGAAACAAUUUCAUUAAUUUUAAUUUUCUAUUAAUAUUUUAUUUUUUACUAUGGAUAUAAAAAUAUCAAUUUUCGUUAAAAGAAAAAUAUUUUCAUCAGGGAAAUUAAAAAUAUUUUUCUUUUUAUCUUUCUUUUUUAAGAAAAAAAAAAUCACAAAAGACGUUGUUGCGUCUGCUUUAACGAAUACAAAACAAAAAAAAGAAAGAAAAAAAAAUAUUGAAAAUUGAAAAGAUUCUAUCUUCAAUAGAUUUUCUAUUUACCUUGAGAUUUUAUCUUUCAUAGAAAAUUACAAAUGGCACACGAAAUUUUCUCCUGUAAAUAAAAAAAAUAAUUUUUCUUUCUUUCAAUUUUCAGUUUUUAUAUCAAUAAUUAUAUAUAAAUAUUCUAUAAGCUUGAAGCUUUUUCAAUAACACUUUCAAGUCAUUUAGCACUGGCUAGCUGGAAAAUUAUUUAAAAAGAAGAAUAUUUUUCGGAAAAUUUUCUUUUACAAUAUUAUAUAAAAAAAUAAUUGACAAAAAUUUAAUUGAAAAAUUAUUUAAAAAUUUUACAUAUUUUGGAAAAAUGAAAUUUUAAUUUUUACACUCAGUUUAAUAAAGGAAAAAGAAAUUUAGAAAGAACACAUGAAAUCUCUAGUUUUGAAGAAGCACAAGCAAGCGCCGUCCUCUCAAUUAAUCCUGUACCUAUAUUUACAUGUUAAGCUGUUUCCACACGCUAUGAUUUUUAUUACAAAAAAAAAAAAUAAAAUAAAAACUAAAUGUAUCUUCGUAUACACUCGAUGCUGGAGAAACUCAUACAAAACAGCGAGAAGGUGUGUUAUAGUCAACAUUGUCAAAACCAUUAAUAAAAGAGAUUUUGUAAAUCA